AUGUCUGUUGCUGAAAAAGAGAACCCAAGGGACAACUACUACGUCCAAACCGUCAACAUGGACGCCCCACCACCCCCUGCACCACAGAUGCAGCCAUUCCAGAGGACGUAUGGUAACCCUGCACCCUUGGGCAUGAUGGCCUACGGUACCGUCUUCCUGUGCUCUUCAAUAUUGACGCUCGCCUCCAAGAGCGUUGGUCAACCUAACUUGGUCUUGGUUUUCGCAACCUUCUACGGCGGCAUCUCACAAACGCUUGUGGGCAUGUGGGAGAUGUUCCUUGGUAACACGUUCAGUGCAACAGUCUUUACUACCUACGGAGGUUUCAAUUUAUCUUUUGGUGCUCUCUACCUGCCUCAAAUCGGCCUUGCGGCUGCAUACACCGUUGACGGGGUUGUUGGGCAGGAGUUCUACAACGCCAUCGGGAUCUACCUCGCCAUCUGGGACUUGAUUACGUUCCUCUUUUGUGACCUUGGUGCAAUCCGUACAACCGCCCCCAUCGUUGUAACGCUCGGAUUCACCAUUUGCGCGCUCACUUGUCUUUCCAUAAAUGCUUUCACCGGCAACCCACACUUUGCAACUGCAGGUGGUGCCCUUGGCAUCAUCGCUUCCUUCGGUGCAUACUACGGCGCCCUCUCGCUCUUCUGGACUCAACAAACAACGUUCUCGUUCAUUCGCCUCCCUCCCCUCAUUACAGCCCCUUCCAAUGUUUAAGGACUAUGCUAUUAGUCUUCAGCCGAUCGCUCUUUCUUUUCUUCAGUUUUCAUUCUCAACUACGUUUUCGGUCUUGGUUUGUAUUCGAUCAUAUGAGUAGAAGACGACUAUUUACCACAGCGCCAGCUUCGGUUCCGGGAUGAUUAUAAUAAAUACUGGAGCACGCAUG